GCGGAUGCAGACACUCAAACUUAUAGCACCCUAGACUCAGUACAUUAGGUGCGCCGAUAAACAAUGGAGGCCAACCUGAGUGUUUUUCUGUGAGGUAAAUGUUAAUACAGAUACAACAGACAUGAUCUACACUUUUGCAGAUUGGAGCAUACGACAAUUUUUUUUUGAUAAUUUCUAAUAAAAAAAUGAUUCAUGUUUUUAUACAAGAUUUUUAAGAAAGUAAUUCUCAUUUAAAAUAAGGAUAUCUUAAACCGGUGUUAAGUAUAAGGAGUAAUUCAGCAGUGUUUGUUCACUGAUCAACAAAUAAUAGAAAUGUUAUUCUGUAUAUUCAAGGCCCUAAGUAUCCAGAGUUUAUUCUAACCAGUAUCGUUAACAUUAAACAUGUUUACCAGGAAUUCAAAAAAAGUAAAACAUCAUUUGAAACAAAAAUAUUGUUGUGAAGCGUCAUUAAAAUAGUUUUUAUUAAGAGUAUCAUAAACCUCUAGGCACCUUUCAUUUAUUAGAUCUUGACCUUAAGUUCAACAUAUUGACAAAUGCAUCAAAUAGGCACCUUAAUUUGUUGAUUUCAGAAGUCAUCCAAAAUAUACACAUUCCUAUUUUCUUAAAGGUUGGCGUAUUUGACCUUGAACGAGAUGACCCACUUAUCUUGUCCAACAUUGUGGGAGAGUCAGUGGUCAGUUGCUGGUCGAUCCAGAAAAUACUAGAAACAAUACAUCAUAGUAAAGAGAGAAAUAACUCAAAACCAAUGAAUUCAAAUUCAUCUGUCCCUAAAAGAAAAACCAGCAAAGACUCAUCACUGGCAUGGAACCUUGUUUUAAGCAGCACUGGUAAAAGUAAAAGUACUAUCAGCAUUAACAACGCUUUCAAAGGAUUAAAAGAAUCGCGGCCAUAUGUUUUGAAUCCAAAAUACACCACUCCUACUUCACUUCCUCUAUACUUCUAUUUUGGAUAUCAGCUCAUGCAAGGCAAAGGUGAAAUACAUGAAUGUGGACAUAUUCUUCUAUUGGAAGCAUUAAAAGCAAAUCGAUGUGAUUAUGUGAGAGUUUUGAUUGAUCGAGGAGUCAGUCUAAAGUUGAUUGAUUUAGCAGAACUUUACGAACAGACAGUUUCAUGCGAGGAAUGUAAAGAUAAAGAUUGUCUCCACAUGCAUUGGAUUUUAAAGCAAAUAGAAGAAUCGAGGGCACGGAUACUGUGUCAAAGUUAUAAGGAUAUAAUGGAAAGAAAAAGGAAAUUUAACAAUGGAAAUAAAAAACAAUCAAAAGAAUUAACCAUAUCGGUAGCAGAUGCAGCAAAAGGAUUGUGUCGAGAAAUGUUGCGAUACAAAGAAUACAAAAAUAAAUCCUUGGACAGCAACAAAGAUGAAGAUGAAGAUAAAUAUGUAGAAGUGUCCGAUAUAUUACUAUGGGCAAUUUUUGCAAAUCGAAGAGUUCUAGCGGAAAUAUGUUGGCUAAAAGGAGAAAACCAUUUACUAACUGGACUAGUCAGCUCGGCAGUCCUUCGUAAACUUUCAAAAAAGGUCAACAAUGUCAAGGAACAAAAGUUAUCAAUUGAUUUGGAGGAACACUCAAUACUGUUUGAGCAAAGAUGUAUUGGAAUAAUGGACAGCAUGUACGAAGAAGAUUCAGAACACGCGAUAGAUUUGAUGGAUGACGAGGCAGAAGUUUGGGGAAUUUCAUCGAGUCCCCUGACCUUUGCCUACGAAAAUUUUAUGUAUGACAUUGUGGCUCACACAUGUUCUCAGAAACUGAUAAAUAAAGAAUGGUACAACAAUCUAACACCUGACUUGAAACCAUUUUUGAAGUCCGCCUUCAAAAAGCCAAUAAAAUUCUUUACGGCUCCACUUACAAAAUACGUGCUUAAUUACAUGAUGUUUUUUUCAAUGCUGGUUAUGUACAGUGCAUUUGUGCUAACAAGCAUCAGCACGAAAUACUACGUUUUGAAUAUAGGACGAUUGUUUGAGUACUACGUGUAUUUCUGGAGUGCAGGAGACUUCAUCGAGGAACUCAUCAGCUGUUUUGGUUGUUUGGAGGUUAGAGGUCGAUCGCACAGAAAUUACUACUCCCGUAUGAAGAGAUACUUGUACGACUUUUGGAAUGUGGUGGACCUUCUGUCUUAUGCUUUGCUUAUAACAGCUCUAUGCGUGCGUCACUUUCAUCCAUCUGAAAACUUUACAGUUGCAAGACGCAUGUUUUCUCUGUCUUUGCUGGUGAUGUAUCUGAGAUUUUUGGAAGUUUUUCUUAUUCACAGAAAUUUGGGACCCACUCUUAUUAUGAUUAAGGAAAUGUUGAAAGACCUGCUCAGAUUCCUGUUUUUGGCUGUAUUUGUGGUAUUGGGAGUUGGAAUAUAUUACCAUGCUAAUCUCUGGCCAGACCACCAAACAAUGUUUAACGGUGAUUGGACCAACUGGAGAAUCUGGACCAUCAUAUACUACCCGUACUGGCAGCUCUACGGGGAAUUAAAUCUUGAGUCUCUUGACGGAAGUGACCAUUCGGACUGCACAAACGUGACCGCUGAAUGGGAGGCCGAUACGUCCAUUGAAAGGUGUCCACGCGACGAUUGGACGGUUCUCGCUGUAGCCGGCAUUUACAUGCUGUUCUCCAAUCUCCUGUUGGUCAAUCUUGUCAUUGCUAUGUUUAGUUACACUUUUGAGAGAGUACAGAAUGACUCGGAGAAGCUGUGGAGAUUUGAGAGAUACACCGUCAUCAACGACUACGACUGGAGGAUCCCCUCUCCUAUCAACCUGUUAUUUCUUCCCUAUCGCUUCCUAUGUUGUCCAACUAAAAAAUAUUGCUGUGUGCAACAAUGUAAAAGUAAGGUUUAGAGACAUUUUAUUUCAUGUUUAGAUUUUUAUGGAAAUUAGUUUUCCCUUGUUAAAUUUUAAAAAGUAUCCGUUUUGUAUCUUUUAGGAAACAAUAUUAAAUUAAAUUAUUAUCAACGUAUGGAAUUCUUUUAAAAUUGCAAAUUUAACAUUUUUAAGAAUUAACACAAUUAAUUGGAUUUUAUUGCAUACCCUGUACCAAAGUUUUUUUGUAACUUAAUACAACAUCCCAAUUGCUUGAUAUAUCUAAAUAGAUAUCACACAAUUUAAACC